CUGGAAAUGAGCAGGUGGUGUUGUGAGACUGGAGACAGGGGGGGAUUCCUGAACUCUUCUUGUUGAGGAAUCUCUGCCCCGCUGCUGAAUUUAAGACCCUAAAUUUUCUGGUUCAUGACCAGAAGAGAAGCCUGACCUGGGAGCGACACAUCAUGAAGUUUGACUUGGCUGCAGCUUCUUUGGCAUCGUUCCUCGUCUUUCUGUCUCCAGCCUGCUGCCAGCAGUCUGUGAACUGCAGAUGGGGGCCUUACGGAGAGUGGUCCGAGUGUGACGGCUGCACCAGCACUAAGGUGCGUACUCGCCAGGUGGAGGUGUACGCCCAGUUUGGGGGCGUGGCAUGUUCAGGAGAAGCCGCUGAAACACAACCAUGUGUUACGCGAAAAAGAUGUCCCCUGGAAAGGGGCUGUGGAGAAAGGUUCCGCUGCAGAUCUGGUCAGUGCAUCAGUCGCAGUCUGGUGUGUAACGGAGACCACGACUGUGACGACAACCUGGAUGAGAGAAACUGUGAGCGAGACAACCAACCGUUCUCAUGCGACCUCGACAAAACGCCUCCGAACUCUGACUACACAGGCAGAGGUUACGACGUGUUAACGGGGAAACUGAGAGCAGGCGUGAUCAACACUCUGAGCUUUGGAGGUCAGUGCAGGAAGGUGUUCAGUGGCGACCACAAAGUCUUUUACCGACUUCCGCAAAGCGUCCUCAGGUACAACUUCGAGGUGACAGUGGACAACGAAGACAGCGAUGAAUCCUACAACAGUGCCUGGUCGUACUCUCAGCACAUCCAGGCCAACUCCUUGUCUUCACACGACCGCCGCACCUUCCACAAAGAGCUCACUGAGCAUAAGGCGUACAGAUUAAUAGUCCUGAAGAAUAAAGUGGAACUGGCCCAGUUUCAGAACUCCGCCCCUCAGUACCUCACUCUGUCCGAAGGCUUCUGGAAGGCCUUGUCCUCGCUGCCGUUCACAUACGACUACUCUGCCUACCGCCAGCUGCUCCGGAAGUACGGCACGCAUUACCUCUCCGAGGGCUCGCUCGGCGGCGAAUACCAAGCCUUGUUGGAGUUAGACCGCCAGGCGUUCACCUCAUCCAAUACAACAGAUAUCGAGUACAAGAGGUGUUGGACGAAGACGAAACGUCGCUGGUUCCGGAAGAAAAAGAAAACCACAUGUGAAACACUCAUGAAUUCUUUCUCAUCCAGGGACGGACACAAAGUGAAUAAAAUGCCCAUUAAAGUCAACAUAUUUGGAGGAGAUCCAUCCUUCUUUGGCGCUCUGAGUAUUCUGGAUCUGGAAAAGCCAGAAGCUAAUGGAGAGAUCUAUGAUAACUGGGCCUCGUCAGUCAAAGACUUCCCUGACGUCAUAAACCAGAAGCUGCGUCCUCUGCACGAGCUGGUGAAGGAGGUGCAGUGUGCAGGUUUGAAGAAGCUGCACCUGAAGCGAGCCACAGAGGAGUACCUGGCCGAGGAGGAUCCCUGCCACUGCCGUCCCUGCCACAACAACGGGCAGCCGCUGCUGAGCGGCACCGUGUGUCGCUGCGUCUGCCGGCCGGGAACCUCGGGACCGGCCUGUGAGACUGGAGCUGUGAUCGGAGAGCAACCAGGGGUGAUCCAUGGCGGCUGGAGCUGCUGGUCCUCCUGGGCAUCUUGUUCUAGAGGUCAAAGGUCAAGAACUCGCAGCUGCAACAAUCCCACUCCCAGCGGAGCUGGACACCACUGCACCGGACCGACGGAGGAGCAUAGGCCUUGUGAAGACCCAGACAUCCAGUAUCUACAGACGAUGGAGCCUCAGUGCUUCUCUCUCUCUGUGACGCCACCAGUGACCUGUGGUCCGCCCCCGAACCUGAGGAACGGAUUCAUCCAGAAUCCCAAAGACUUGUACAUGGUUGGAAGCACGGUGGAUUUCUCCUGCAUCGAGGGCUAUCACCUCAGUGGACACGCUGCCGCUCGGUGCACUGAAGACAAGACGUGGACGCAGGGGACGUGGGUUUGUAUAAGAUCCAUGUGUCGGUAUCCACAACUCAGCGGGGACGUUGUGGGUACGCCCACCAAAGUGUCCUAUGGGAUUGGAGAGACUGUGUCCCUCCACUGUCCUGCGGGGUCGCUGCUGGACGGUGAGGUGUCAGAGGUCAUGUGUAGUCCCAGUCUGCAGUGGUCUCCGUCUCCUGCAGGCAUUCGAUGCAAAGCAGUGCCCACAGCUCCCACUCCUCCGCCCGGCCUGAAGUGUAAACCCUGGGAGAAAGUAGGAACAACCGGGUGUGUGUGUAUGAUGCCAUCUGAGUGCUCGAUAUCCCUGCCGUUGUGUGCCAGACUUGUCUCGACUCAAACCCCGCGGUUGCUCAGCUUGUGUCAGCUCGGCGCUCUGCGGUGUAUCGGACGCAGCUUCGUGCUGAACACUGACACCGACUGUCAAUGGCCACCGCCGAUUUUCACAUCCUGCAGGGACUGUCCACCAGGGACCGUCUGUCACGGUUCAGCUAGAGAAUGCAUUUGCCAGAAUGUGCCAGAUUGCCCCCGAGACUCCCCCCCCCUCUGCGUUAGCUCUGAUUUGACCAUGACCGAAUGUGAGGUGGGCGCCAGGAGGUGUGCGGGGGAGCGGUUCAACGUGACCGGCAUCGACUCUUGUCAAUAAUAAAGAUUGUUGUUUUAUUCAAUCUGUAGAUCAAACAGGAAGCUGUUUCUUUCCGAUAAGUACUAAAUUGUAACUAGAGGCCAAUUCACUUUUAAAAAAAAAAUGUCGUUCAUUUGGAUUUGCUAAAUUUUGAAAUAAAUUAUGAAGUUUUCAUCCAUCA